UAGUCUGGGACCUGGCGUCCUCCCGAUCGGGAACGGGAACCUACAGGGAGCCGAGGAAGAGAGAGAGGAGCGUCCGUAUUCGUGCACCUCGACGUCAUCCUCUUCGUCGUUAUCCUCUCGCACGUCGUGUCUCGUAGUUCCUCUCGUCUCUUCUUCGACGCUUUUAUUUGCAAGAAAAAACCAAACAGAAAACGUGUCAAAUCAAGAAAACGACAUAUACAAAUCGAGUAAGAGACAAAAUCGAAGAUAAAGGUGGACUACGAGAAAAAGAUUCUAGUAAUCGUUCAACCCCUUCGAAGCGAAGAGUAAAAGAGAAGAAACGGGAGGGAGAAUAGAGAGGAGGAGAGACGAAUAGACGGUCCGUAAGGGUUAGCCGGCCUGUUCGCGACGGAAGGGAGAGAGCGUCGCGAGAGAGGGAGAGACUGCAAGCAGAGGGAGCAGGGUAGGGCGACGAAGAAGAGGUGGGGAGGUUGCGAGAGGGGUAAACGGAGGAAAGAAACGAGGAGAGAAAGAGAGAGUAUCAUACCGAACUGAAACGAAUAGAGAAAGAUAUACAUAGAAGGCUGGGUGGGUGGAGGGAACCGGAGCAAAGGGGGUAGAGAGGGAUAGAAGGACAGUGAGAGAGAGCAAACGAGCGAGCCCCGUGUCUUGCGUGCCACGAGAGAAUACAGAGAGGGCCUAAAGUCGAGAGUUAGGAGUUGUGGCUCGUGGUUAGAUAGGAUGCGUGUGCCUGGGUGCGGUGUUCCACCACCACCCGACAGCCGACGGUUCAGUAACAACAGCCAGAUAACCAACGACACUAACUGCAACGACUACGACAACAACAACAACAACAACAACAAUAAUAUCAUUAUCAUCAUCAAUAUCAACAACAAUCACAACUACAACGACACUGUGAACAAGAUCGGUUCAUUAUCCGCGCAAAGGGACGACAUCGAGUACGACACGAAUAAUUGCGCGGUCGCGCGCGGUCAACAGAAGAAAACACCUGGUGGUUGCCUCGAGCACCACGGUGCCGGCUGUCUAACGGCGGAGACGGCUCGACCGACAUCACUUCCGCCACAGAAACCCAGAGAAAGACCGUUCACCGAGUUUACUGGUAUCUGGACCAUCUCAAAGAAUAGCGGUUCGCGAUUCGACCUUUUGAAGAUCUCGCAAGUCUUGAUUUCUUUGAAGAAUCCCGUUGUCUUCCGCCUUAGUUGGAACGUAGUCGAGGUGUAGUCGAGACAGCGGAAAGCUGGUCCAGACCACGUACUUUCCGUGGACGCGGAGCGGCUGGCCGACCAGCUGGAGCACCAGCGUCCCACGGCGGCGAUCGUCGGCGUCGCGCGGCGUCGGGACGACGCUACUGGCGAGCACAGGCUCGCUAGAGGAGCGCGCUGCGAGCCGGCUUCAGCCUGUACCACAGCCGACGUCCCAGCUACUCAUGUUCAUCCCGGACACACUGAGGAGCUGCAUGGUGGAACCGGAUGUCUCGACUUACCUGCAGGCCCCUUCCGUAGGACAGGAUGAGUUCCAUCCAUUCAUUGAGGCCCUCCUACCAUUCGUAAAGUCUUUCUCGUACACGUGGUUCAACCUACAAGCUGCCAAGAGGCGUUACUACAAGAAACACGAGAAACGGAUGAGUCUCGAAGAGGAACGUCAGUGCAAGGAGGAGCUCCAGAACGAGAAGCUGGAAGUAAAACAGAAAUGGGCCUCGCGGCUUUUAGGCAAGUUACGAAAGGAUAUCACGCAGGAGUACAGGGAAGACUUCGUACUGAGUAUCACGGGGAAAAGGCCAGCAAUGUGUGUCCUGAGUAAUCCUGACCAGAAGGGUAAAAUGCGUCGUAUCGACUGCCUGCGUCAAGCCGAUAAGGUAUGGAGGUUGGACCUAGUAAUGGUGAUCCUCUUCAAGGCAAUUCCGUUGGAGUCGACGGACGGGGAACGGCUGGAGAAGACUGCGGAAUGUGCUCAGCCGGGCCUCUGCGUCAACCCCUAUCACAUCAACGUCUCCGUCCGGGAACUCGAUCUCUACCUCGCCAAUUUUAUCACCAGCCACGAGGUCCUAAAUGGCAUCUGCAACGCGAGCAAGGAGGAAGAGAGGCGGCGAAAAGGUGCAGGCUACCACGAACUAUAUAACGGUGUUGUCUGCAAUGACACGAUCCUAGCGACAGGUGUCUUCAGCUCCAAGGAGCUCUGGAUGCUUUCAAAAGCGUCCAUACUGCAUGACCUCAGCGACAUGCAGCCUCAAAUAAACGCGAUCAAAAUAGAGCACCCGCCGUACUACUGCAGCAGCUACACCCCUCCGUCCGCAGCCACGGCCGCGGAUCAUGCUCAGCCAGCGGCUAGCUUCAGCCCACCACCGGUGCAUCAGCUCAUAAGGAACGACAAGACUGAAAAGCCCCCUACGGUUUCCGUAUCGAGUGCGCCGACAUUCUCGCCGGUGCUCAGGCCCGAGGAUGGUCACCGUGGAAUGGAUUCUCCGCACUCGCAGACGGGAUUGCACUCUCCGCACGAAGGACUGGCCGGUGGUUCCGGUCAAAGUAUGUCCGGGCUUGCCUACUACCAACCGGAGCACCCUGCCUCCACGGGGGUGGUCAAGUAUCCCGAGAACGGUCACGACACCCUGUCGGAUUUCGUGACGUUCGUCUGCCAGGAGGCCGAGAAUACUCAACAACUGCCCCAGGCGCAGCUAGCCGGACCCCGCACUGGCAUACAAAAGUUCUCACAGUAUUAUCCGAGCUCGAUGCUUCCGCCACCACCUCCGGCCCCAAUGGCGAGGCCUGUCGCCAUUAUAAGGUCGACGGGCGAGCUGACGGCUACGAACUCGAACUCGCCCCCCACUUCGUCCACCUCGCCCACGGACCCAGCCGAACUGGCAUCCAAUCAGGAGCAAAUGGCUGCUGCGGCAGCGGUCGGACUGGUCAGUUCCGGUUGCCAGAGCUCCGUCGAUCCGGCCGGAAGAAAGAGCCCUGCGAGGAUCCUUGUCACCGCGCCACACACCAGCCGGGAAUACACCUUUGCUCACUUUCACUCUCAACCUGGACAGCAAAUAUUCACGUAUCCUACCAUCAGUUCGAUGUCAGGGGUUAUCUCCCCGACGAACCUCUCCUUAUUUUCGUCGCCAGUUUCGGUGACAAGGCCAGUGGCCACCCAGAGAUCGGUCUCUAACGUGCCACCUCGCUGGAAUACCGCACCGUUCAUCAAUCUCGAAGACGAUUACAACAUGAUUGCUCCGAUCAUCACCGGGACUGCCAGCGAGCCGCCUUCCACCAUGGACGAAGACCGAUACUUCCACCCGGUGCAUGCGAGCAGCGUGGUGGACAAGAGCGGCGCUGGGAACUUGAUGGGCACAGAUCUGGGCGUGGCGACGGACCCGACAUCGCACCACCACCAACAACAGUCCCAGCAAGCUCAGCAACAGCCUCAGCAGCAACCUCAACAACAACAACCGCCACCGCAGCAACAACAGCAGCAACAAGUGAUGCAGGACAAGAGCGGCAGACCGAAAUCUCCCCCGUGACACUGGAGGCUUAGAGCGGAAAGCGUCGAGAAGCUCGCAUGUUCCACGGGGUCGUUACAUACCGGCGCAUACGAUAAUUACCCUGAGCCGGAGGGGAAUCGCCAGGAUUCCUCGUGUCGUGUUCAGCUUCGCGACCUAAGCCUGCGGAGAAUCGAGUGCCUGAGAGUCUGAUCGUAGUUUAAGCGGGCCGCGUCGAGGGAACGUUCGAGGGCGCUUCCGGCGAACGGGCUUCCCCGCCAUUGCUCUGUUGAGAGGGGGUGAACACCGGGAUUAGGUCCUCAUUAUGCGACCACUCGGCCCUUCUUCACCCUCUGAGGCUCGUUGGCGCCUUUCGUUCUUUCUCAAUUUUAUAACUUGACAAUUUUUAUUUCUCCUCUGUUUAUUAUUUUUCUUUAAAAGAUUUGAUUAGCGAUAGACUAUGCGUAAUCUAGUGAAAGGUACUUAGUCUACUUAGGAUGUUAAUUCCAAUUGUUAAGUGUAGCUGUAAAAAGUGUAGAUUCUGUCAAAACAUGAAUUCGCGCGUUUCAUUCAUUCUUACGGCUUUGUAGUGUUUCGAAAGGAAAGGAAACAAAGAUUGUCUACGGUGAGAAAUUUCAUUUUCCUGCAAGGAACGAAGGGCAUUUUUCGUCCUCGGGGGGUUAGCGUUUCGGUCAAUUAUUACUUCCGCGCCACCGGAAGCGUCGUUCUCCUCUCUCGACGCGCCGUUAAUUUCUAACUCUUUCUCUUUCUCUUUCUCUUUCUCCUUCCUUCUCUCUUUCUCUUAAGCGUACUCGGUGGACGUGAGUAAGAACCCCUCAUUUCGUCUCCUAAUUGAAACGUCGCCCGAUCGUCGUCGAUCGGUCCCGUCGACCAAUAAAAUUCAUAGACGAUUUAAACUCGAAGAAAGGAAAUAAGAAGAAGAGAACGAAACGAAAAAAGGACAAGAGAAGAACUGCAGAAAAGAAAAGAAAAGAAAAGAAAAGAAAAGAAAAUACCAGUAGUGUAUCGUUUUCCACACGAUUUUAUAACGACUGUCUGUUUCCUAUUCUUCCUGCUUCGAGACCCUUCCGAAACGUGUGUUUUUGUACAUACACGCUCGUGGUAUUUUCUAAAAUUAUAGAAGACGUUAGAAUAGUUGCGUCUACGAGAUAAUACGAAAAAUGAAAAAAGCAAAAUACGACGGAUGAACAAAAAAAUAUAAUCUGUUGUGCUCUUCGAGAAAGGGUUUAACGACAAGGAGAAAACGAAGAGAUUGAAAAAAAAGAACUUUCUAGUGCCAAUUUCGUAGUUUAUAAAUAUUAUAACGAAAUUAUAAUUUUCUAUUAUAUUUUUUUAUAAUAUUUAUGAAGGAACACAGACACGUAUAUACGUAUACACACGUACACAUGCAUGUUUAGAUAACACGUGAGCAGAUGUAGUCGAGAUAAUGAGAAAAACUUCUUCUUCGAUGAUCGAGAAACGGACAUUUUUUAAAUUAAUCUAAAGAAAAUUAAGCGAAUACACGUAUAAAAGAAAAAAAAGAAGAGGAUAGUAGAUAGAGAGAAGGUCGAGAGGGUUCGAUCGACGAGUAUCGGUCAGAAUAGAAGCUAACCGGUCCACGAACCACGGAUAAUAAUAUUAAUUAUAACAUUAAUAAUAACGAUGAAACGAUAAUUGAUAACUUUAUAAUUGUAUCGUUGAUUAAUCGCCUAAUGCUCAGACUAGUGCUAACACUAGUGAAAAAGAAACACAGAGGAAAACGAAAAAAUAGAGAGAACGACUAGUUGCGCGGACUAGUCAUCAGAGGCUGCUAGUUAGAGAUAAAGUGAAUAUUUAAUAUUGAUUACUAUUGAUAAAUUAAGCGGUUAACUAAGUAACUAAAAAGAGAGUACGAUUUAUUUCACGAUCGAUGAUGAUUAAGCGAUAUAACGGCGCGCGUGAAUAAGAGGACGAAGAUGCAAGUGAAACGGAAGAAAACGAAGAGGAAGAAGAGGAGGAAGAAGAGGGGGAAUUGGAAGAAAAAAGACUAGAAAACGAGACUAUAAAAAGGAAUUUCGGAGAAGAGAGGACGAUGUUUCGAGAUAGUGAGAGAUCUAUAGUUAUUAUACUACUUAGGAAUUUAGUGUAACGUCGCGCAAUGAUAAACGAGAUAAUGUAACAUCGAACUCGACGACAACGAAGGUCCUAAACUAUAAUAUUGUAUAUUGUCCAAAAGUGCUUUCCGUCGACUGUACGUUAAAUGAGGGUGUCCGACGAUGCGGAGCGAAUCUGUUUUUCUUUUUCUUUUUCUUUUUUUUUAUUGAAACUUGACUCUUUCGCUGCCAACUUUCAAGAACCAAGUCAGCCACGAUAUGUACUCUAUCUUUUUCCAAGUUCUUAAAGGCGUAUAUUAUCAUUUUCAAAAAUAUUCUAAGAAUUAAGAAGGAGAGAAAUUCUGAUUCUGAGAGCGUGAGGGUUGAAAAGCAAGCACGUGCGGCGACUUGUUCACUUUAUAAUCCCUAGCGAUAGCGAUUCCCAAGGAACUCCUUACGUGAAAUGCGUUUAAUAUAUUCGCUAGGCGACCAGGUAGUUUUUCGAGAUGAUUCUUCCUGGGUUGGUGUAAAGUUUCACGAGAAUCCCUUUUGUUUUUUCUCUCUUUCUCUCUUCGAGUAAGAUUGAAAGGGUGCGCGGCGUUCUUGCCCAUUAGCGACGACUGGAUCCGACGAUCGUGCAACUCGAUUAACUCGCGUCCCAUUCGUCACUGUGAUCCUAAAAAGGAAAACAGAGCAGAGAGACGAAAGUUGUUCGUUGUCACGAGCGGUUGCUUUUAAAUAUUAGUUCGGUUUUGUUCCGUUCCUAGCGUUAAUUACACAAGAAAUAAGACGGCGAUCGUUCAAAGCCAGUGCUUCAUUUUUUCAUUCUAUCUCCUCCCCUGACCGUUGGUUUUUAUUAUAUUUGCUCGCUUAUCUCUGCUUUUAUGUGUCUUUAAAAAAUUAAUAUUCGUAGACGACUAACGCUGCUUUAGAAUCCAGAGGUUUUGUUACGAGUGACUUGUUCGAGGUUUGAUUGUUCCGCUGUAUUAUUACUAACUUGUGGAAGAUACAGUAGAAUUUCAUUUAUUAGAGUGAGACAUUAAAAAUUCAUCUUUAGAUUCCCAUUUGAUCUCAAACAUUGAAAUUGAAAAGAGAAAGAGUUUAGGAUCGAGUCGAAAUCGCGAUUAAAUGGGAUGAAUGGAGGCACCCUGUCAAUCGGUUCGUAGUGAUAGUACAAAGAACUUGAGACUAGUAAUAUCGAUAACUAGCGUUAGAAGAAAGAAAAAUGAAAAAAGAAGCGUAACAUUUACACAGACUCGAGUUAAAGAAAAUAACGGGAGCGAUACGAUGCUACUAUUCCUAUAAAAAUUGCUUCUUACCGCUACUAAUAAUAUUACGAAGCGACGAUAAAUACCGCUGCAACUAUAUUGUUAAUAACUACGAGGGAAGAAAAACUACUACUAUUAUUAUAACUAUUACUGUACAACAAUUACCACCACCACCAUACCACCAUCGCCAUCAG